AUGCCUAGUGAUGACGAUAUCGCUAUGUUCUUGGAAUUGCCAUUUGCCGGCCACUUCUAUGUGACUUCUUCAACUCCUGAUCUGUCACAGCAAGUUCUACUGAUCGUCGCUCCCACUGUGCUGGUGGCCCACAAGGGGUUUGCAGCGGAAGAAGUGCACAAGGAGACGUUGCUGCACCAGAGGUCGGCGCAGAGCGACAGGUUCCUGACGCCGCUCGACCCUGCGCAGACGAUGAAGUUGCUGCGCGCACUGCGAGUUCGGCACUACUUCGACGAGGUGGCACUGCUUCCUCAGGCGACAGGCAUUUCACCGGCUCCGAAGAUACCUGCCCUGCACCAGUCGAGGCCGGUCGUCCCACUGCUGCAGCAACAGGCGACCGUACGAUGGUUCCGUGCGGUGGCUGGGUACGCGUUGGCCUCCGUGCGCGACCUCCGCGGCGUGUUCCUCUGGGGCCGUGCCAAGCGAGAGCGACUGUGCUGCCGCCUGGUGCUUGUGCCCUUCGAUCACCGAGAGAUCAGGGAACGCGUGAAAAUGAUGGUGAACGACACGUUUUGGGACGUGCGUAAAACCCAGCACGUUCCUUUCACGUGGCUGCUACUGAAGGCGAGCAACACUACCUGGCACACCUAUCCCGACAGUCUGUUCUUGGAGGCAGCGUGCGCGUCCAACGGAAAGAGGUGUGCGAUUCGAGAAGUCUCUCCGCAGUUUCAUCCCUCCACCAAUGGAACGCAAGUUCUCGGGGAAUGGCUCAUCAACGCCAAUUUCCUCUCGUGGAACACCGACACCGCCUUCUACAGUCGUCGUAAGAAACUGAACACGGACUUGGACGUAAUCGUCAGAAAUAAAGGCCCAUAUAACGCCGUAUACUCGGACGAGCGUGGAGGAAAACGGAAGCGACUUGGUGGUAUAAUGGGCUGCGUCUGGGAAACCCUGAUGAAAUGCAUGCAAUUUAACUCAACAAUUUUUGUAACCAACCUGACAGACCGUCAACUAACAAGCCUGGGCAUUGGCAAGUGGCAGGCUGCCAUCACCGAUAUCAUCAUCAUUCCGUUUCCAUUUCCAUUCAGUGGUGAUAUGCGGCCCCACGGCCGCGCCAGCCACCUGCUGGUGGUGACGUUCGACCUGGCCGCCAUGUUGCUGGUGGGCGCGUAUUCCGCCGCCAUCAUUUCGACGCUGGCGUCGAAGCCAAUGCCCUUGCCGUACAAGAGCGUGUCGCACCUGCUGCGGAAUCCCGGUCACAGAGUCACCUUCGCGGAGGACAGCGCCGAGAAGUGCGUCAUAAUGAACUCUAAGGACCCUACGUUGACCAGAAUUUCAAACAUGUGGGGAUACCCGCGUCCCCCAGACACAGUUCGAAGCACGGGACACGGAGUACGUCGUCUUUGCGAGGACAACUGGGCUUUCUUCGGCAGAUACCGCCUGAUUUACAACAUGACUCUCCUCCAGUCGUCGCAGUGUUUGCCCGUCGAGCUCCCAGGCGCCCACGUCAACCUGAACGUGGCCUUCCUCUGGGCACCAAAUCGGCGAUAUUUACGACUCUUCAAUUAUCGCAUCAACUGCCUGCGACGCGCGGGCAUCCUGCAGAAGUACUUCAGCAAGCCGUGGGAGUCGCGGGACCCGGACGAGCAGUUCGUGGCGGUGCGUCUGUUGAACGUGGUGCCGCUGUUCGCCAUGUUGGCGGUGGGAGCGGGUGGCGCGCUGCUGCUCCUGGCGGUGGAAAUCGUGUGCGCGUACUGUACUCGAGGACGCCAUCUUCCGCCCUGGGAUCGUUACAAUAACAAAAAUUUAAAAUAA